AUGUACUGGUGCACAGAUAAAGACAGUGGAAAUUCAUCCUGCGGUUUCGGUGGAGGACUAGCAUGUGGAAGUGGAGCUGGAGGCAGAGGAGGAUUCAAAAGUGGAGCUCCUGGUCCUGGUAAUGGCGGCUUCGUCGGUGGAGCUCCUGGCUCUGACUUCAGCUUCGUUGCUGAUGAAAACGGUUUCCGCGUGGAGUCCGACCUGCUGCCCACACCUCCUCCGCUCCCACCACACGCCAUCGCUCAGAUCGAGAAGGCUCGUCAGGAGGACGCCGCCGCUGCAGCUUCUGGUGGCCGGCCAAACUCUGGCUCUGGACAGUUCCCUGGCUCAGGCUUUGGCGCCGGCCAAUCAGGUUUUGGUUCUUCUAGUGGCCAGUUCUAA